AUCUACUCGAGUGCUAGAGUUUAUUUCCUGACUUGUUAUUGUUGCAUGAAUGCAAUGAACACUGCUAUGAAUGCAAAUACUCCAGCUUCUCCCACAGUCUUGUCUGACAUUGAUUUAAACGCUAAAGAAUCUAUUCCUCGAGGCCUAAGUCUAGGCAGUUUGACACCUGCAUCCUUGAAUAGCAGCAAUUCUCGUCGCAACCUAUUGUCUAUCGCAACGAAUUUGUCUGCUCCUAAUAUCAAUGCUGAUGCAACAGUUGCAUUCAACUCAUCAACUACUGUUGCUGCUCAUAAUAGCAAAAGCUUGUUGUCUAGUGCUCCGUUGCUCUCUGACACUGCAUCGCCCACUACUGCAUCCGCCAAUUCACUUAUUCCAGGCGAACUGUAUACCCUGCUGACUAGAUUGCCCUUUUUUGCUGGGGUUUCUGAAACGGACGAGUUCCUGCAUGAGAUCUGCAAAACCAUGACGGUGAGGAAAUAUUCCCCUGGUGAUAUUGUGAUUCACCAAGGCGAGGUUGCUCGCGCCAUGUUUUUUAUUAUCAAAGGUUCGCUUAAAGUGGUGAGUGAGGACGAUGAGGUUAUUUUCGGAGAGCUGAAUCAUGGCACAUUUUUUGGAGAGAUUGGAAUACUAUUUGAUAUUAAACGAACAGCAACAGUUAUUGCAAAGGUACCUUGUACUUUGGUUAUUCUUCGAUCUGAUGUCGUGCACAAGAAACUCGUCAACUAUCCUGAAAUAGAACGUGUUUUGAAAGCUGCUGCUCAAGAUCGACUUGCACUCAUGUCACAGGAAUUACAGCGUGUAGGAAGAAAGCCAUCCAUUGAAUUGCAAAAAAAGUUUUUAGAGGAACUAAAGGAUUCACAGCUGGCGCCAUUGGCAUAUCCUACUUCUCGAAAGCAAUCUAUUAGAGUGGAUAUGAUGGAUGUCAUGCCUAAUAUUACUUUUGAACCAAGAUCCAGAGAGCCAACAUCGGAAAGGUCAGACGAGGACGUGGAAUCCAGCUCAGGGGUUUCUGUAGAGAGAUCUUUGGAUGUACUAGGUGGUGAAGUGCAAACUACAACUCCAGAGCCCUUGACAUUUCUGCCACAUACUCUGAAUAUCGAGUCGAAUGCCAUGUCAUCGCAGGCUAUGCUUGCAAAAAGGCUUGAUAAUCGACGGCGUGUAUCUGUUGCCGUAUGGUCUGAUGAUAAACUGAUGAAAUUUGCACAAACUAUUUCUGGUCAAGCAGCAGCCCGCGAAACCACCAUGAAAAACAGUUUCAAAGCCGAGCCUGAGCACCCUCUCAGCCCCAAUCUUUCUGAAUUCAUUUUGUCUUCAAACUCGGCUGAUACACAUGAAUCCUUCACUAUAAUGGGCCUUGGUCCAUCUUCUCUUUUAAAUGUAUUUCGCUACUUUGAUUUUCGACAGCGUAUGCGACUACGACGUGUCAGCAAAUACAUGACAGCCUUUUUACUUGAGAAAGCACAUAAUCUUGUUUCACAUGUCGAUCUCUUCAAAUGGCACAAGUCUAUCAAUGAUAAAACUCUUGAAAAUAUCAUGCGUUUCUGCGGAUCAAAUGUCAUAACUCUGAAUCUUAAAAGCUGUUGGCAGAUCACUGAUCAAGGACUAUUUCAUAUUUCCCAGUAUGCAACUCAUCUCCAAACCCUGGGACUGGCAAGCUUAUGGGAUAUUACAGAAGUGGGAUUGGCUUCAAUUUCAGAACACUGCAAGUACUUGCAAACUAUUGAGUUGAGUAAUUGCAGAAAGCUAUCUGAUCAAAGCAUUUUGAACUUGCUUGACAGGUGCCAGUAUUUGAAUACAAUUGGACUGAGCUACUGCAAGAGCAUUACUGAAGCAAUAAUGGGAAAAUCAAUCUGGCAAUCAAUUAAAAAGGCAAACUUUCAGCGAUGUACAGGCAUAUUUGACAGUGGAUUUUUAAAAUGGCAGUGCUUACCGUGUCAACCUGCCGAUCUUGCUGUUCAAUCUAUGCAAGGCUCCAUCGCUUUUGAACCCGGGCUUGAUUCUGAUCGAGUUUUGGACAAUAAUGCUGAAAUCAGUAACUUAUCAAUGGAUAGCGCAUCCACAGAUAUAGCUCCACAAUUUUUUUACAGUAGUGAAAGUACAGAUUCAAGUAUAAAAACAAUCCCAAUUGCCGCUUUACCACCAUGCCAAGUCGACCAGACAUUAAACCAUUUAGCACAACUAGAGCUGCUUCAACCAACCACUCUACCAAAUCCGAUGCCAUAUACAUUUAUGCUCGAGGAGCUCAAUCUAAGUGAUUGCUCCUUUCUCACAGAUCAGACCAUAUCUGUUCUAUCAUGGUGCUGUCCGCGAUUAAAAAAGCUCGGUUUAUCAUUUUGCUGCUCACUCACAGAACAAUACGCAGAUAUCCUUGUUCAAGGAUGCAACGAAAUCCAUUCAUUGGAUGUAAGCUAUUGUGGGAGUGCUGUGACGGAUGCAUCACUUGGAACGCUUGCGCAGGGACUUCCCAGUCUUGGGUUUUUGAAUAUUCGGGGAUGCGUGCAGGUUACUGAUGCAGGAAUUAAUCAUCUUGUGCAAGUCGCGACCAAACUACAUGCUGUAAAUCUUACUCAAUGCAAGUCAAUUAGCAAAGAAGCAAUCCAAAGAGCCUCCAAAGUAUGCGAGUUGGUGUCAAACCAAAGUUUAUUUGAAGACUUUGUGACAUGUUUGCAGCAUGAUUACGACACCCGUACUCGGGCGACUACUGCAUCCACAUCUCAUCAUUUGUCCGCAUCACAGCCGUAUUCACGUAAAACGGAACACUAAACAAGGAUGUCAAAGUAUAAUAA